AUGAAUUGGGUCAUAUGGAAUGUGAGGGGAACUAAUAAGUGGUAUAAGCAAAAAGAGCUGAAAAAUUAUUUGAAAUCUAAGCACAUACAGUUAGCAGGGUUUGUUGAGACCAGAGUGAAGGAACCUAAAGCAGAGAAGAUUAUGCAGCAUAUUGCACCUGGUUGGAAAAGCUAUAAUAGUUAUCUAUUUGCAGAGAAUGGAAGAGUAUGGGUUUUGUGGGAUGAGAAGAAUUUAGAGGUGAGUUUUAUUAAAGCUGUUGCCCAGUAUAUUCACUGCCAUAUCAAAAGUAGAACUGAUGGGAUGGAGUGUGCUCUAACAGUGGUGUAUGGGUUCAAUACAAUUGAACAGAGAAGAAGUUUAUGGGCUGAUGUCCAAACAUUUGCCCAGGCUACAUCUAUGCCCUGGAUAAUUGGAGGUGACUUCAAUGCUAUCCUCACUGUUCAAGAUAGGCUAUAUGGUCAUCCUGUAACUGCUUACGAGAUUAAAGGCUUUGCUGAAUGUGUUACUAAUGCAACCCUCACGGAGUUACCAUGGAGAGGUGAUUUUUAUACUUGGACUAAUAAACAACCUGCCAGUGACAGAAUAUAUAGCAGAAUAGAUAGGUUUUUUGGCAAUGAUGAAUGGAUGUGGAAAUGGGGGCAUAUCACUACUGAAUAUGAUUUGCCUAAUAUAUCGGAUCAUUCACCAAUGCUGCUCCAUAUAUAUCAAAUAACCUGGUCACCUAAGCUACCAUUCAAAUUCUUCAAUAUCUGGACAGAACAUGCUGAUUAUGUGGCUACUGUGAAUAGGGGCUGGACAAAGUGGACUCAAGGUGGUAGAAUGAAGCAUGUUUGGCAGACUUUGAAACUUCUAAAGGCUGAUUUUAGGAAACUAAAUAAUGAAGAAUUCAAAUGCAUCAAUCAGAAAGUAGCUAUUCAUAGAGAAGAAUUACGAGCUGUCCAGAAUGCAAUGAGAACAAACACUACAGAUAGGUUAAUUCAAAAGGAGAGAUACUAA